AUGUCUUGGAAGCUUACCAAGAAGUUAAAGGAAACCCAUCUGGGUCAGACCUUGAGUCCAUUCUCUCGAUCACCGUCUACUUCUACAAUCACCGACAAGGAGAAGGAAGCUCAAGCCAGCGGUGCCGUUACUCCCACGACCGAAAGUGCUAUAGCCGCUUCUGAGGCCAUGACGCAGGCUCCCGUAGUCAAGCCCCCCAAGCCCGGUAUCCUCGUCGUCACCCUCCAUGAAGGUCAAGGAUUUUCCCUUCCCGAGCAGCACCGAAGUGCGUUUGCCUCAUCACACCAAGGAUCGAUGUCCUCUGGAAGCGCUCUUUCAGGGUCCGUUCGACCUAGUUCUUCACAACGCGCGGGUGGUUUCAACGGCGGAAGGCCGCAAUCUUCUGCUGGUGGCUUCAACGGUAUUCCUACAAACCACGGUCGAAUCUCUGGCAAGUACAUGCCAUACGCCCUCCUCGAUUUCGACAAGGUCCAGGUUUUUGUCAACUCGGUCGACGGAAACCCCGAGAACCCUCUCUGGGCUGGUGGAAAUACUCAGUACAAGUUUGAUGUUUCAAGAGUGACGGAACUCGUCAUCCACCUGUACAUGCGAAACCCUUCGGCACCACCGGGAUCCGGACGAAGCCAGGAUAUCUUCCUCGGUGUCGUUCGUAUCAACCCCCGAUUCGAAGAGCGACAGCAGUACGUGGAGGACCCCAAGGCCAGCAAGAAGGACCGCGAAAAGGCAGCUGCCGAACACGCAGCGCGUGGCGGUCACCAAGGCGCCGAGUGGGUUGACGUGCAGUACGGAACCGGAAAGAUCAAGGUUGGUGUCGAGUACGUCGAGACCCGAGCAGGUAAGCUCAAGAUUGAGGAUUUCGAACUUCUCAAGGUUGUCGGCAAGGGCAGUUUCGGCAAGGUUAUGCAGGUGCGCAAGAAGGACACGAACCGAAUCUACGCUCUCAAGACAAUCCGCAAGGCACACAUCAUCUCGCGAUCCGAAGUCGCCCACACACUCGCCGAACGGUCUGUGCUGGCGCAGAUCAACAACCCGUUUAUUGUGCCUCUCAAGUUUAGUUUCCAGUCACCAGAGAAGCUGUACUUUGUUCUCGCGUUUGUCAACGGAGGAGAGCUGUUCCACCACUUGCAAAAGGAGCACCGAUUCGACGUCAACCGAUCCCGUUUCUACACCGCCGAGCUUCUGUGCGCCCUCGAGUGUCUGCACGGUUUCAGCGUCAUCUACCGAGAUCUCAAGCCCGAGAACAUUCUUCUCGAUUACCAAGGUCACAUUGCUCUUUGCGAUUUCGGUCUCUGCAAGCUUGACAUGAAGGAUGAGGACCGAACCAACACCUUCUGUGGUACACCCGAGUAUCUCGCCCCCGAACUGUUGAUGGGACAGGGUUACAACAAGACGGUCGAUUGGUGGACUCUUGGUGUUUUGCUGUACGAGAUGUUGACGGGUCUUCCACCUUUCUACGACGAAAACACCAACGAGAUGUACCGCAAGAUUCUAUCAGAGCCACUUCACUUUUCUGAUGUGGUUCCUCCGGCUGCCAAGGAUCUUUUGACCAAGCUUCUCAACCGUAACCCCGAAGAGCGAUUGGGAGCCAAUGGAUCUGCUGAAAUCAAGGCUCAUCCUUUCUUCCAUGCUAUUGACUGGAGGAAGCUACUCCAGCGCAAGUACGAGCCUACCUUUAAGCCCAGUGUUGCCGACGCUCUGGACACUGCCAACUUUGACCCCGAAUUUACCUCAGAAGCACCUCAAGAUUCUUACGUCGAAGGACCCAUGCUAUCUCAGACAAUGCAGAACCAAUUCCAAGGAUUCAGCUACAACCGACCAAUUGCUGGACUUGGAGAUGCAGGCGGCAGUGUCAAGGAUCCAUCCUUUGUUGGUAGUCUGACAGACAACCGAUAA